UAGAGAUUACAUCACAAAUAAAUUUAUAAUGAAGUUACCGUAGUUCAAUAACAUUUUUAUUACAUAUUUUUUGCAAUUUAUUUGUGUAUUUUUAAAUUCUAUAAUAGUUGAAGAAAAAAAAUGAUUACAAUUAUAAAUUUUAGAUGCUUUGUGGUUUAAACAUGGAAGAGUGUAAAUCUUAAAUCUUACGUCAUUAGGUCGGAACAAAGUCUCUUAUCUCUGGGUAGUCUGGGUGGAAAUUUUUAGUCUAGUUAUAGGAGGUCUUUGCUACUAACCUAACAAACUUGUAAACAAAUAAAUUCGGAAAUUAAUUCUGAUUAUUACUUUAUUUACUUAUUAAGAACAUGGAAAAUAAUGAUAUAAAACCAGUACACUUUUUAUUUUAAUUUUUAUCCUAAAUAUCUACUAUGGAUGAAUCAUUAGGAGAUAUUGCUAGUGAAUUCAAUGAGGAUUUCUUGGCUGACGAUGUAUCAAGUUCAGGUCCAUUAACUGAGGCACCAACAACAAGUAAAACCUCAACAAAAACUCACUGCAUACUAGUAAACCCGAAACAGAGAGGCAACCCUUUACUCAAAGCUAUCCAUAAUGUCCCUUGGGAAUUCGACGAUAUAGUCCCCGAUUAUCAAAUGGGUCUAACUACUUGCGCCUUGUUUUUGUCAAUUCGUUACCACAACUUAAAUCCAGAUUAUAUACAUGAUCGAUUAAAAAAAUUGGGUCAGAUGUACCAGUUAAGGGUUUUAUUAGUACAGGUUGACAUCAAAGACCCACAUCAUGUUUUAAAAAAUUUAACUAGGAUAUGCAUUUUGGCAGAUUUGACUCUUAUUUUGGCUUGGAGUCCAGAGGAAGCUGGCAAGAUAAUAGAAACUUACAAAAUUUAUGAAAACAAGCCAGCAGAAUUUAUAAAAGAAAAAGGAGAAACUUCUUCCUACUUAAGGUUAAUUCAGUCACUUACUGCCAUAAAAUCGAUAAAUAAAUCAGAUGCUGCAUUGCUAAUAGAUAAAUUCAAAACUUUGAAGGGUAUUCUAGACGCAUCUGAACUACAAAUAGCAGAAUUGCCCCGUAUUGGUCUAAGGAAAGCAAAUAAUCUUUAUACCACAUUACAUGCCAACUUUUGUAGAUAGUUGUAAUUAUUAUUAUAGUGUAUUAGACAUUAAAAAAGAAUAUUAUCAAGAAAAGUUGAUUAUAUGCAUGAUAAUUAUUUUUUUAUGUAAUAUAUAUCUUAAUAUAUUUGUACAUACAUUUUUUCAACCCUCUAUAAUAGUCAAUCAGUUCGUUGAUUAAACUAAUAUUCCAUGGAAUUUGUACUUUUUGCCUCACAUCAAAUGAGGUAGUUCUGAUUUUUUUUAUUAUAUGUUGUUAGUGAUAAGAUGGUAAUGACAAAUCCAAAUUUUCCACCUCGAAAGCCCUUCUGACAUUGUUAAAUACUAAAAAAAUUCUUUAUAUUUUAGGACUUUUUUCAGUUUUUGUCAAUUUUUACCACCAAGGACCUGUGUUACGGCAAAAGUUACUAUGCACACUUUUUAAGUAAAGUAAAUUUGCAAUGAAAUGAGAAUAAUUUGGUUUUGGUAGGCCAAAUAGUUUAUAAGAUACGGCUAUUUAAAAGCUUACAAAAUUUCACAAAAAGGAAGUAUUACUUUUAGAGAAAAUCAUAUUUUGUGGAGCUGGUGGUGCCAUCAUCUGUUAAGUAACAAGGCCUUGUGUACUCUGCAUCCAGUCCCAAUCGAGAGGAUUCUUCUUAUUUCCCAGGCACUUCUGUACCUGAACAAAAUAAGGAACCAUGUAUAAAGAAUGUAGUCUGAAGCAGAAAGGAAUAUAAGCAAAAAACUUAUUCUCACCUGGUGGUAUGUUUGCAGAGAGUGAAACUACGUGUAUCAUUCCUCUGACUUACAAGAAUGAAGGCUGUGUAGAAUGAUGACUUUGUAUCCUUCCUGAUUCCAUCUUCAUUAAAUAAUGACAUGGGAAAUGGUGACAAUUCAUAUGUGAAAAAGUCCUUCAACUCUUCAUUAUAAUAUUUAAUACAUGUUGUUACACACUUUCAGUAAAAAUCUACCAGACAACUAAAAAAAUUGUAAUACUUCCUUUUUUUUUUUGAAAUUUUGCAAACUAUCUGGUCAACUUUGAACAGCUGUCUCUCAGGAACCAUCAGGUGUAAGUUGACAUAAUUGAUCUCAUUUUUUUGGGAAUUUGGUGGACUUUAAUAACUAAAAAAAGUAACUUCUCCAAUAAACCCACUACUUAGGGGUAAAAAUUGUCAAAAAUUAAAAAAACUAAUACCUCCUUUUUUGGAAAUUUUGCAAACUUUUAAAUAGCUGUAUCUUAAAAACUAUUUGGCAUACCAAAACCAAAUUAUUCUCAUUUAAUUGCAAAUUUGGUCUACUUAGAAAGUGUCCAUAGUAACUUUUGCCGUAACAUAGGUCCUUGGUGGUAGAAAUUAACAAAAACCGAAAAAAAAACCCUAAAUUUUAAUGAAUUUUCAAGUAUUUAACUGUGAUCCGACGGGCUUUCGUGGAAAACUUGGAUUUGUCUUUGCCCAUUUCAUCACUAAAACUUAUAAAAAAAAUCAGAACUACCUCAUUUGAUGUACUAUAAGGUUGGAGAAAGAAAAGGAACACAUUAAAACCAAAAUAACUGUCAAUCAUUCAUCUUUAAUACAUCGUCUUUCUUUUUGUCUAAUAAACAAACUAACAGCUAAUCCUAAACUAGCAGGUAAGGCUGCAAUUAACAUCACAGAUUUUUCGCUGAAAAUAUCACUGGUAACUCCUGUGAAUAGGGGCGUUACAAACCUAGCCACAGACAUUAUACUGUUAGAAGCGCCUGAUAGUGAUCCUGCAUGAAGAGCUUUAGAUUUUUCAAACAUCAUCUCCACAGAUAUCACUCUCAUCGCCAUAGCACACAUUGAUAUAGGCAUUAAAAGUAUGAUAAAAACAAUAAGAUUUGUGGAACAAUAUAAACAUAUGAAACCUAAUGAUAAUGCUCCAAACCAGAAACACAUUUUCGAAUAGAUAUUAUCGAAAUUUAAAACGGCGUGAAUUUUUUUUAAAAACAAUCCUGAUAAUAUAGAAACAACGCUAAAAUAUGAUAUCAUGUAACCUGUAUGUUUUUGUGAUAACUGGUAAGUUUCUCGUAAAUAUAAACCUUGGUUUGAAAAGUAACAGGACAUUGUGACUCCUAAAAGGAACUUUAAUAGGAAGGACUGCCAAUGUUGUGACCAAUCGAUUUCUGUUAUCUCUGUUACUGAUUUUUUAAAUUCCCUUUUUAUUGUACUCCAUACAGUAAAAUCACUUGUCAUCAUGGUUUGCUGUCUUGAUGUUUUUGUUUUGAUGUCUUCUGGUAUAUAACUGGCAAUAACUAAAAAUAAACUUUA